UUAGACUGUCACUCUUUGUUUGUUUCUUGUAUUUAUGAUAUUCAUCUAUCAUUUUUAGUGUAUAAAUAUGUGCAGAAGAGAGUUUGCACAUGGUAAAGUUGUCCUUCAUUGGAACAAGUAUUAUUUUACUUAUACUUGCAGCAAGACACAGUGUGUGCAUUAAGAACGAGGAAAUUAACAGAAACAGAAUUUGGGACCUCAGAAGUAAAAAGCCAUCUCCUGAUGUAUCUAAGAACAAUAUGUAUAGUCCGCUUACUACAACUGAAAAAAAUACUAAACCAGAUUUUUUAAAAAGUGUUCACAUUGCAUCUUCUAUUCCUAUGGAUGUUCAGGUCAUAGAUGACAACACAGAUUACAUCACAGUGCACAUAUCAUUAAGAAACUAUAUGAUGCUUGAGUGCAUAGACAAACUUAACAUUUUCAGUGAUGAAAUGGUUGGAAUUGAAUUUUCUGCUAGCACUCUUAAACGGAUUAAAGGUCUUCACCUGACUCUUCUUCCCAUUAAUACAGAUGUAGAGGUUGAAAAGAUUUUAUUCUCACCAGAAGAAAAUAUAAUUGGUAUGCUGAUCCCUAUGAAUAGUAUCAUAAAAUACUUUACUUUUGCUCUGAAAAAUAUGUUUAAUAAUAAUGCUUGCAUGACCUUUGAUGAUUUAAAGUGCACAGUGAAGCCAGAGCACAGAAGGAUUACCAUACAGCUGCGCAAGGAGUACUUCAUCCCUACCUUUGAUAUGGCUAAGGACACAACUACGAUCAUAAACCAGCAUGUGCGCUAUCCAGACUCUCUGAUGGUAGAAUACAGUAUAGAGAAGCAUGAUCCAAUCCAGAACGUUCUAUACAAGAACAAUAUAUGUGUAAAAAAAUUAAUUCCAGAUUUUAUGUCGACAAGCCUCUUUAAUUACUCUCAGCAAAAUGAAAUGCCCAAAAUAAAGUAUAUUGACAUUGACACAGCGAACCUUCAAAGCAUUCUGUUUUCCAAGAUGGUAGAAGCUUUCAUGGACAGAAAAUUGAUUAAUACCGUGCUGCUAAAGAAAUUCAAGAGCAAGUCAGCAAACAAGAAUCUGUGCUCUGAUAAACCUACUUAUUCAUUCAACAAAAAUGGAGCUAUCAUUAACUCCGAGAGUGUAUUUGUCACAAAGACCAACCUAGAGAAGAAUAUGUACAACCUGGGUCUGGGCGAUAUUAUUCCAAGUAAGUAUUUAGAAACACCCAACAAAAUGCAUAUAAAGGAGAUGGCCCCAGAAUUUUCAAAUCAAUACGGGGAGAUCACUAUCGCACACAUCUUCGAUGAAAAGUGCAAGUAUGAUGCAAAUAACAUUGAAUCAUUAGAAAUCCUUAUGUUUGCACUGCAAUCGCUGAUAAUUGAAGUAUCUCAGCUGCCACUAGAUAAGAAGACAUACAGAGAUAUAACAAAUAUCCAGCAAGUGAUUGAGCCGGGCAUUGCAUAUGCAAUUAAGAACAGAGAAAACCACAAGAUUCUAUCCUCAUCUAUUUACUACUACGUUGUGCAGGUUUUAUACGGAACUCACAAGUUAAAGAUAAACUAUGAGAAAAUCCUUGGAUACCUCGCAUACAUUGAUGCACACUCACCCUUCAUAAAGAAGAAUGCUUCAAAGCAGGAUCUUGAAAAGAUAAUUAUUGCAUCUCCUGCACUUUGCAACAACUUCAAGAAGGUCAUUCUGGGAUGUUCAUGUGGCGAGCAGGUGUAUGAGCACAGUAGGUGUACUGUAAGCAAGAUCCCACACAACUCAAUUGUAGUGUGGAACACAAACACUGAGUGUGCCCAGGCCGAUAGAGUGCAGGUCAUUGGGUGUGCCUGCAUUGAAGAAUUGCUAAAAUCACACUGCAAUGACAAUGACUGCUUUAUAGAUAAAUUCACUGGAGAGUGCCCUGUGGAUGAAAAAGGUAAUGUUAACAAAAACAUAGGUUCAAAGAACUCUGGCAAAAACAAGUCUAAGAAAUCAGCUGGUGUAUUUGUUAAGAAGGCUAAGGCAGAUGAUUCUAGCUCAUUCAGCUCAGGAACAAAAACCGUUAUAAGUAUGGUGGCAAUAGCCUUUGCUAUAAUAAGUAUAUGCUCAUCUGUAUACUAUAUUUUCUUUGUCUAA